GCAAAGGGCAAACAUGGCCGCCUCCAGUGCAGCUCAAGCCGUCAAUAGAGCAGUUCAAAAACUAUUUAUUGGGAAUAUUCCAUGGACUGUUGGGAGACGAGAAUUGCGAGAAUAUUUUUCCCAAUAUGGCCAUGUAACAUUUGCAAAUGUUCUCUUUGAUAAGGUCAGUGGAAUGAGUAAGGGGUAUGGGUUCAUCCAGUACAGCAACAGAGAGGGUUAUUCCAAUGCAACAGGCAAAGACAGUCACUUCUUGGAAGGAGGCCAGUUGAUUGUAGAGCAGACUGGAGGAGGAGGAGGAGGAGGAGGACAGUUCGAUCGAGCAAGUGGACGUAGAGGCUUCACAAACAAAGUUGACCAAUUUGAUCUUCAAAAUGUCAUGAACAAAAGCUGAUUUCGAUUUCGAUCAGCGAUGCAAACACGUAGUUGCCUAAGAUCUGUGAAGAUUGUGGUUUAGUAAUUUAGUAGGGAAACACAUUUGUGUAACAGGCAAAGCUGAACGCGUUCUUCUUCAGACGUACGUGAACAUGUUGUUGUAAUUAUACAUAUAUUGUGAAGCAAUUUUUGACAUCAACGGAUUGACCAUCCUGUUGCCAUUUUAGCCAAGACUUUUGUUGCAAUUAGCAUUAUGCACAAGUAUUGGCACAGCAAAAGUAAAAAUGCUGAUGCCACAUCUCGUUUAAUCGAACAAGACCAAAAGGCAUAGUUGACUGUCCAGAUGUUGUAUUGUUAAAAUGUAAAUUACAUAAUUAAAACUGUUCAUGCUGGCAUGUAAUACUUUUA